GGGUGUGUAGUUAUUGAAUACUGCCUAGAAUAGCUAGCGAAGUGGCCAGAACAGCGGUUGAGCGCCGAUAUAUCCACACCAUCAUAAUUAAUUGCUAGAAAGCUCCAUCUCCCGAACUAUCACGCCAAUAACAUCUGGCUGCUACUUCAUCCUUUCACAAAGACAAAUUUUUGGUUUUUUCUCCUUCGAGUAUAUCGAAAUGUGUGUCUACCUAUCAACUAUGGUCCGUUGCUUCGAUAUAACGAAAGAACUGUGAUCGAUCUCAAUGAACCGUGAUGGUCGAUUAAAAGCUUUGAAGCAAAAUAUUGUUUGAGGCUAUUUAAAAAGAUGGAGACUUCUUGAAGCGAAGGGAAGAAUGAGGAAGGAGGAGAUGGAACUCACUAGUCGGCAGUCAAGAGAGUUUGAGGAGCAGAGUCGCUUUCCUUCCUUCCUUCUUUCUCCAUGAUCCGAGUGCCUUCUCCAUUUAAUGCUCAAUGUCUUAAUCUUUACGAUAUCCACUCCUUAAAACGCAUGCAAAAGUACAGUCUCUGAUUCGCAGACCUACACUAUUCAAUCUAAAACACGAACUUCUUAUCUGAGCCGUUAAACCAAACGAACUUAAAAUCGCAAUCGACAAGUAUAAUCAUGCCGAAACGUCGAUUCUCCAACGACAGUAGCGAUACUCUGGCCCUUGAAGGUGAAGCUCGCAGCAGCCGCCUUCGCAUUGUAGGCCCUCAAAGAACACGGGUUGUUGUCAAUCUUCAACCAAAUUCAUCAUACCCGUCACCUCAGCUACCACUAUCAAUAAUUUACAGAGCUUUAUUCUUAAUCGCGCCGAAAGAGUCGCAGUCAAGCUCCCUGAAGAUGGAAUGGUACUCCGUCUUGAAGGUGAAGAUGGUCCCAUCACGUUCUCAGAAGACACCAUUGAAGAUAUAUUUAGAGAUGCAAAACCCAAAUUGAUUUGGGUCACAGCAGCUCCCAGAAUUUCUAAUCGUGGCGCCGAUUUUGUCUACGUACGAUGGAUCACGCCAGGAAGAGCGCUUGAUCAUCUCUCAAUGUCCGAUAUUGAGACAGAUAGAGAGCCACUGAGUCGCUGUAUAAAAGUGAAUGAGAUCAUAGCUGCUGCAAAGAACAGCAUCUUCGGAGCUGCAGGAAAUGAGGUGACUCCAGUACCAGGCUUUAGUAUCGGUUUAUGGUUCAAUAGGGCGAGUAGCGAUACUUCAAUAUGGGCGUUGGGGACCGAUACACUUGAAAUGCUUGGUUUAACUGGUAGUCUUGAGAAUCCGUUGAAUAUUUUCCUAGUCUUGAUCAACAAAGACAAGCUAUCCGAUCCAUCAUGCAGUAAAAAGAAGCUAUCUUUCCUAUUUCAAAGACCCAUCUUAUCAAAAUGAUCAAUUUAACACGUUAUAGGCCAUCUAAAUCCGAAUUCUAGCUAUGGAUUCCGAUGCUCACUUCAGAGCAUGGCAACAUUUGAAACAUGCCUCAAGGUACUGAUAUCAGUAGCAACUAUCCGCCCAUAUUUGAUUCCCCAUCUGCUAGAGCGCAUAAUGCUGGUCACAAAUAUUGGCGAGGCCAGGAAUUGCCUUGAGAGUACCCUGAAGACGUCGGCAGUUCACGAAGAAAGAACAACCAUAUUAGCGAACUGUUUCCGUGAAAUUGCGCUUAGGAUGGUUUCUAGUGCAUUCGUCGGUCAUAAGAUUGAGUCGGUCCUUAAGGGCUCCAGGCAAAUCUUUGCUUGGAUGUUUAGCGAUAUACUUGAAGAAGAUAUGAGUUGUACCCCUUCAAUUAAGGAUUCCGAUGUUUCAGAUCAUUUCAAAUGGUAACGGGUCCA